AUGGACGACGCUGGACUGCUCGGUGACGCCGGCGGGCUGCUGCUCGACGAUUUCUUUGCGGACGGGGUGCCGGAUUUUGCGGAACCGGACGCGAUUCCCUCGACGUCUCUGCCCGUUCGCCCCGCAGAGCCGCCAAAAGCCGUCUACGAGGACUUUGGCCGUGCCAUCUACAUGACCAGCAAAAAUACCCGCAAUCCGGCAGGCUACGUGACGUGGAUGUGCACACAGUGUUCCGUGAUGAAGCAGAGGGAACGCAAAUUCGGGCGCUACCGUCACGUGAAGAUCCCGCGUAUUCUGGUGGUGCGGGAUAUUUUGAUGGAAGACCCCGACCGGCCGCCCCAUCCCCAUAUAUGCCACGGAAAGGACAUUGUCGACUCGAUCGCCUCGAGGGCACAAGUCAAGGUGAUCCGGAACCACGCGGGACUGACCGGUGAUGGGGUACGCAUCCAGGGAGAGCCCAGAGUCCUUAUUGCCCAGGGCCUCGAGUACCUGACGGCGGCGCAGAAGCAAGAAGUACGGCGCCGGCUGAUGGUCAACUGCGAGCAGGUCGACGUCGCCGGCCCGCUGCUGCCCGUUCGCCAGAAGAGGGUUUACCAAAUCGUGGCGACGUCAUCGCCGAGUAAAGUUGUUCUACUGCCGGCUGGCGACGCGGCAAACGGAUUACGGCAAUUAAAAAGAAAAUAUGCGGAAUUACUACCUUACGACGACGGGCGGCCUGAAGAAGCAGAAGAAGAUGAACAAUAUUUUCAGCAAGAACCCGGCUACUUGGAGAAUUACGAGCCACAAGAAGCCGAGACGGUCGGCUACGAUUUCCCGCCCUUUGAACAGCUCGACGACUUCCGGCAGCACCCCGAAGCUACGCAAUUCCUCUUUACGGACGAGGCGCUCGUGUGCAGCGACGAGGAUUUGUACGUGCAGCACGAAGAAGUCAUCGGCGACGAGGCAUCAAAA